CAAAUUCAGAUCAAAGUUUUCAAAACCCUUUCCCCUAAGUCUCCUCUCUCUCUCUUCUCUCUAUUCAUUAAAAAAGAAAAAAAAAAAAAGAAGAAAUAAAUUUACAAUCAGUCUCUGUUCCCACCUCUCCCAUUCUUCUCUCGCAUAUGCGAUACAGAUACAUAUAUAUCUGUUAUAUAAGGAUAUAUUGAAGGAUUUUUGCGGCGUUUGAGAGUUGGGGCGAAGAUGAGCAACAGCAGCAUCAGCAGCAAGAGCAGCAGUGGGGUCGGUGGAGGAGCAGCGGCUAGGGUUUCAAUCCCGAGCAGCGUGUGGAAGACGAUCCAGCAGAUAAAGGAGAUCACCGGAAAUCACAGCGAGGAGGAGAUAUAUGCGAUGCUUAAAGAAUGCUCCAUGGAUCCCAAUGAAACUGCCCAGAAACUUCUCUUCCAGGAUACCUUCCAUGAAGUAAAAAGGAAACGUGAGCGGAGAAAAGAGAAUAUUAACAAGGAGCCUGUGGAGUCUAAAUGGAAACCAGGAAUGAUGGGCCGGGGGAACAAGGCUGAUCGUGGAAGCUAUUCAUCUCGUUAUGCUUCUCAAGAUGGUGGUGGUGGAAGGAACUCAGCCCCUGGAAAGGAAAAUGGAAAUAGCCAUGCUUUAGAGAAAAAUCUUUCUCCAACUUAUGUUCCUACUUCCCAGGAGGAGAAGAGCAUUACAAAGGGCUCAACAGUAACCUCACCUAAUGAACUCUCUGUUGGAGCUUUCACACCAGCUGCAUCUGCUGUCACUGGCAAGGUGGAGGGUUUUCCACAACAUGGAGCUCCAAUGGAUGCAAACAAAAGCUCUAAAGUUGGACAAGGAACCAUGGAUAAUCAUGGGCUGCCAAUGCCAGCAUCCAGUGACUCUGCUGCAUCAUUUGCUUCUGUACCUUCAUCUGGAACUGAUUUGUCAGCUUCAGAUCCAGUGCUACCUUCACAAGAUUCACAGCCUAUAGGCGCAUUGGGUGGAAUUAGAUCUGAAGUUCAAAGCCAACGUGCUCCUGUUGCUGCAAACUCCAAUGACAGCAAAACUAUUUCUGAAACUUCAGAGGUUCGCUCAAACGUCCAAGGAAAGAAGCCCAACAAAUUCCAGGGCUCUGGGAAGAAUCAACCUGUAGUAUCUUCACAAACUGAUUCUAGUCAUGGUGGUUCUUUUGGUAGGCCUUCAUCUAACUACAACAACCGAUCACAAGUAAUUGGACCACAAAAAGCAGCUGGACCUGCUAAAGAGUGGAAACCAAAGGCUACAAAUUCAAAUCCCUCACUCGGGCCUGUUACAGAUUCUUCAUCUGAAACUCCUAUAGUUUCCCUUGAAUCCAAUAUCCUGUUACAAUCAAGGCAAGAUGUCCUGGAAACGAAAGAAGGAACUGCAGAACUUCAAAAGAAGUUAGAGGAGACCCACAUUUCGGAAGUUCAACAUGUUAUAAUCCCGGAUCACCUUCAUGUCCCUGAAGCUGAAAAGCUUGGGUUUUGUUUUGGGAGUUUUGACUAUGGCUUAAGCACAAGCUCAAAUACUGUAGUUGAGAGUGACAAAAGUUCACCUCGUUCUGAAACUUCUGAUGUUAUUGAAGAAACUGCAAGGGAGCAACUUCCAAGCAAUGAAAGUGCAUUGCCGUCUGUAGAUGAGGCGGAGUACUCUGAUCAUCCCUUGUCAUCUUCUCCUGGGGAAGAGAAUCUGCCAUCUAAGGUGGCAGAACUAUCACCCUCUGUUCCUGAAUACAAUGAAACGAAACAAGAGAAUCUGCAAGGAGACCAUCAAUACCCUGUUGUUCAGACACCACCAAACUACAGUUAUGGUUUCAUGCCACCAAUUUUAGGCAGUCAGGUUGGAGCUUUUGAAAGCUCUGAAUCUCAGACUCGUGACAUGUCUCGGAUUUCAAACUUUGUUAUUCAGCAACCAUUUGAUCCAACAAGCUACUAUGCUCAAUUUUAUCGUUCUGGUGUGGAUGGUGAUGGUCGUAUAUCACCUUUUCAUUCAACGGGUGUUCAGGCCAAGUUCAAUGGAAAUGUUGCAGUAGUGUCUCCACAGACUCCACAGUCUAUUCAAGAGGGUGCGAACCCUCUUGUUUUGUCCACGACAGCAGCAACACCACUUGUGACUCAAGCUGCUGGGCUUGUGCAAACCUCUAUAGCUGUACCCCAGCCACCUCUCCCUGUAUUUCGACAACCAACAGGAAUGCAUCUUCCCCAUUAUCCACCAAACUAUAUUCCUUAUGGCCACUAUUUUUCACCAUUUUAUCCUCCUCCAGCAAUCCAUCAAUUCUUUAGUAAUGGUGCAUUUCCUCAGCAACCUCAGGCUGGCAGUGUGUAUCAACCUCCUCCAGCAGCAACUACCAAGUAUUCACUCUCACAGUAUAAGCAGGGAGCUAAUGCAGCAAACUCAACUUAUAUUGGAGUUCCUGGUAGCUAUGGACCAUAUGGCUCUGCUACUGCGAAUUACAAUCCUACUUCAACAGCAACAGCCGGUAACCCAGCAUCAAAUGAAGACCUUUCUGCAUCGCAGUACAAGGAGAGUAACAUAUAUGUCAGUGGUCAACAGAGCGAGGGAUCGGGUGUAUGGAUAAGUGCACCUGGUCGGGAUAUCUCCAGCUUGCAUGCCAGUUCUUUCUAUAAUCUUCCUCAGGGUCAAGUGACAUUUUCACCCACACAGCCUGGACAUGGAACCUUUGCUGGUAUUUACCACCCAACACCACCAGUGACUACCCCUACCGUUCACCCGCUUCUGCAGCAGUCCCAAAACAUUGCAGUUCCCAAUGAAAUGGUGGGGCCAACCGGCAAUGUCUAUCAGCAACCACAGCAUUCACAGAUUAACUGGCCAAGCAGCUAUUAAGAAAUAGUUUUUCUUUUUGUUAACCAGAAACAAAAAAGCAAAGCCGCAUCUUGGAUUUUAUGCAAUUGGCAGUGACUUUAGACGAGGAGGAACCCAUCCCACAAGGAUAGCCAGAUUAAAAUGGCGAAGGUGGGAAGAAAAAUGGGGGUAGAUAGUGUUUUUGGUUUGGUUGGACCUAGGAUGGAAAGAAGGGUGAGUUCCUCCUCCUUUUAACAGAUGGUGCCAAUUGUAAAUUAGUUGAGCUGCAUAUUAAAUUGUUUGCCUUCACAUAGUUAGCCCUCUUAAUAUUCAGCCUUAGUAGAUGGAAUAUGAAAGCCAAAAAUUGCUUUAUUUGCUUUCCUACUUUUUCCCCUUUUGGAAGGUUAAGAACUCUGGAAAGCAACGAGGUUUUGGGUGCUUAGGAGGUUCAAUUACAUGUUUGGUUUUCUUCGUUGUGCAUCUAGAGUUUUACAUGUAAAGUUGAUUUUGACGGCAAGAAAAGGAUGUACUCUAAAUUGUUGUAAUUGGUAUUUGGUAUAAGCAAAAAUGUGGCAUUAAUUGUUUUACUUCA